ACCCUGUAUUUUAAGGUGUUUAACUUGACUCAGAAGCUUAAUUUUAUCCUUAAAAACCAUUGUAGGUCGCCAUUUUAGUUCAGUUGAAUUACAAUUUACCUUAUUGUGUGACUAUUUUUUAUAUUUGUUCAUUUCAUUAUUCUUAAAUUUCAACAUGACUGACAAAAUCGACAUGUCUCUGGAUGCUAUCAUUAAGAUGGAUGGUAUUUCUGGUUAUAAAAAAGGAGCUGGUGCUCGAAGAGGUGGUGGUAAUACUGGCAAUGCUGGUUCAGGUUCAACUGCUAGAAACAAUGCUGCUUCUGGAAAUCGUAAUCGUGGAGCAAUGAAAAAUAAGAUGAACCGAAAUAAUAGAUCUACUCCUUAUUCACGGGCAUCAAGGAUACCCGAUAAGUGGCAACAUGAUAUGUUUGACGGACCAUCUCGUACACCUGGUUCAAACCAUCUAUUGGUAUCUAAUUUAGAUUAUGGUGUUUCCGAUAAAGACAUCCAAGACUUAUUUGCUGAAUUUGGACUCAUUAAAAAAGCUGCUGUUCACUAUGAUAGAUCUGGUCGAUCUCUUGGUACGGCUGAUGUUAUAUUUGAAAAGCGAGGUGAUGCUGCUGCCGCUAUGAAACAAUACAAUGGAGUGCUUCUUGAUGGUCGACCAAUGAAGAUUACUUUGGUUCCAUCUGGAGAUAUGUCUCAAAGAAGUAAACCAAACGUCUCAUCACCAGGCCAAGGAAACUUCAGAUCACCAAAAUUUGGUAAUGCUUCCAGAGGAGCGAAUUCUGGUGCCAGAUCUCGUGGUCGUGGUGGUGGAGCUGGCGGGUUAUCUAAUAAAGGACCCAGGCGUAAUAAUCAAAAUCGUAAAUCUCUGACCGCUGAAGAGUUAGAUGCAGAAUUAGAUGCAUAUGUCAACAAAUAGAUGACCUCAAGAACAAUUAAUCAAUUCAACAUAUAACUUUAAGAUAUUUUCAUGUAUAACUAUCAUAUUUUGUUCAUCCUCUCCUCAUUAAAACAUGGUUUCUCAUCAAAUA